AUGACUUCCGGGGGUGAUGCCCCCGGUAUGAAUGCUUGUGUUCGUGCAGUGGUUCGGGCCGCAAUUUAUAGAGGUUGCAAAGCUUUUGCAGUUAUGGAAGGUUAUGAAGGUUUAGUAAGAGGGGGUCCAGAAUAUAUUAAAGAAAUGAACUGGCUGGAUGUGAGAGGCUAUCUUAGUGAAGGUGGUACUAAUAUCGGUACUGCUAGAUGUAUGGAUUUUAAACAACGUCAAGGUAGAUUGAAAGGUUGUAAGCAUCUUAUUGAUGCCGGAAUCGAUGCUUUGAUUGUUUGUGGUGGUGAUGGUUCUUUAACUGGUGCUGAUUUAUUCCGUAAAGAAUGGCCUUCUUUAAUUCAAGAAUUAAAAGAUACCGGGGUUAUUUCAAAUGAAAAAUAUGAAAAACAUAAACACUUAAAUAUCUGUGGUACUGUGGGUUCAAUCGAUAAUGAUAUGGCUACCACCGAUGCUACCAUUGGUGCCUAUUCUUCCUUGGAUAGAAUUUGUCAAGCAAUUGAUUAUAUCGAUGCAACCGCUAACUCUCAUUCAAGAGCCUUUGUUGUUGAAGUUAUGGGUAGACACUGUGGUUGGUUGGCUUUAAUGGCGGGUAUUGCUACUAGUGCCGAUUAUAUCUUAAUCCCUGAAAAACCUUCCUCUUCAAAAGGUUGGCAAGAUCAAAUGUGUCAAAUUGUUUCUCAACAUAGAUCAAAGGGUAAAAGAAAAACAAUUGUCAUUGUUGCUGAAGGUGCCAUUACCAAUGAAUUAGAACCAAUUUCUUCAGAUGCUGUUAAAGACGUCUUGGUUGAUAGAUUAGGUUUAGAUACUAGAGUUACCACCUUAGGUCAUGUCCAAAGAGGUGGUACCGCGGUUUCUUAUGAUCGUAUUUUAGCUACCGUUCAAGGGGUCGAAGCAGUUAAAGCUGUUUUGGAUUCUACUCCUGAUACUCCAUCUCCCUUAAUUGGUAUUGAAGAAAAUAAAAUUGUUCGUAAAUCAUUGGUUGAAGCUGUUGAAAUUACUAAAUCUGUCGCUACCGCUAUCGAAAAUAAAGAUUUCGAUAAAGCCAUGAGCUUAAGAGAUUCUGAAUUUACUGAACAUUUAAGUAAUUUCAUGGCUAUGAAUUCUGCUAACCAUAAUGAACCAACCUUACCUGCUAAUAAAAGAAAAUCUAUUGCUAUUAUAAAUAUUGGGGCUCCUGCUGGUGGUAUGAAUAGUGCUGUGUAUGCCAUGGCUACUUAUUGUAUGUCUAGAGGUCAUACUCCUUAUGCAAUCCAUAACGGGUUUGCCGGUUUAUCAAGACACGAAUCAGUUAGACUGAUUGAUUGGUUACAAAUUGAAGGUUGGAACUCCAUUGGUGGUUCUGAAAUAGGUACUAAUAGAUCAACUCCAAAGGAAACUGAUAUCGGUAUGAUUGCUUACUACUUUGAAAAAUACCAAUUCGAUGGUUUAAUAAUCGUUGGUGGUUUUGAAGCCUUUGUCUCUUUAGAACAAUUAGAAAGUGCUAGAGCUAUGUAUCCUGCUUUCAGAAUCCCAAUGGUGUUAAUUCCUGCUACUAUUUCUAAUAAUGUUCCUGGUACAGAAUACUCUCUUGGUUCCGAUACUUGUCUUAAUUCUUUAAUGCAAUAUUGUGAUGUUGUCAAACAAUCUGCUUCUGCUACAAGAGAUCGUACUUUCGUCAUUGAUGUUCAAGGUGGUAAUUCCGGUUAUAUCGCUACUUUUGCGGCCUUAGCUUGUGGUGCUCAAGCUUCUUAUGUUCCUGAAGAAGGUAUUCCUUUAGAUCAAUUGGAAGCAGAUAUUAAUUCCUUAAAAGAAGCUUUCGCUGUUGAAAAAGGUUUAUCAAAAUCUGGUAAAUUGGUUUUGAAAAGUACCAAUGCUUCAAAAGUUUUAACUACUCAAGUCAUUGCUGAUAUAAUCAAACAAGAAGCUAAUGGACAAUUUGAUGCUAAAACAGCUAUUCCUGUGGUCUUUGCUUCUCCCACUUGA